AAGAAAAUUGAAAAUAUGUCUGGACGUGGCAAAACCGGCGGCAAGGCUCGCGCUAAGGCUAAGACUCGUUCAUCCCGCGCUGGGCUCCAGUUCCCAGUCGGUCGUGUUCACAGGCAUUUGAGGAAGGGCAACUACGCCGAGCGUGUCGGUGCCGGAGCUCCCGUGUACUUGGCCGCAGUGCUGGAGUAUCUGACCGCUGAGAUCCUCGAGCUGGCUGGCAACGCUGCCCGCGACAACAAGAAGACCAGGAUCAUCCCCCGUCACCUGCAGCUGGCUGUCCGCAACGACGAAGAGCUCAACAAACUGCUCGGCGGAGUUACCAUCGCUCAGGGAGGUGUGCUGCCAAACAUCCAGGCCGUUCUUCUGCCCAAGAAGACUGAGAAACCCGCCAAGAAGUAAAUCGCAGGAUUCAGUUUACUUUACAAACCACAACGGCUCUUUUAAGAGCCACACACUUUCUCUUAGAGAGCUUUCCUUUCUGAUUCGCUAAAAUUGAUUUUUCACGUUGCUGCUGUUUGAUACCGCCCAGCGAAACUGGCGCCAUCUGUCCUCUCUUACGUCCGCAGACCAGCCUCAAAUACAGAGUACCUGCAGAGUUUCUCUAGUAUC